UAGGAAGGCUUUUAAACAUCUACUAAGGGAUAAUGACAAAAUCUGAUUGCUUCUCUCUGUUUUUAGAUGGACUUUUGGUAUAUACUCCUGUUGCACUUUUAAAAUAGAGCGUUCAAAAUAGCCAAGGCCAAAGCAAAGUUUUAAGCCAGGAGGGCAAAAACCCCUAUCUUUGGUGAAUGCCUUGACUCGUAAGUGAAUUGAAAGGUGGCGUGAUUUGUGAGGGGCUUUCUCAGUAUAUUUGCAAACUUAUUCUUAGACUUUUCUAGAAGAAAAUAUUUUCUUUGAAUUUCUAUUGAUCUCAGUUAUGUGCUAUUAUGCUAUUUGAUUAUUAAAUAAUCUAUUAAGAAUUAAAAUACCUAAAUGUUUGUUUUAUCAACCUGAUUCCAGCACCUGAGAAACAUUUUUAAGCAUAUGAAAUAUACCAAAACUAUUUAUGUUAAGUGUAAAUAGUAUGAAAUAACUGUUUCUGAAGCAGGUACAGAGAUAUGGAGCUGGUAUAUAAGAUGAUUUUCUUUUUCUUGUUAGCUUCUCCCAGCUUUGGGAUAGACAGAGGAUUAGCUCAGAAUUUUAUUGCCAUUGCUGGACCGCUACUCAGUGAGCUAGUAAAUAGUUUGCAUCUGCAGAACCAAGUUCUACCCAAAGAAGCUCAGGACCCUGCUGGGAGCGAAGCCCGUGAACACGUGUGCCAGCAAGAUCCUGUGGCUUCUGAGCUGCCGCCGCACCUCUUGCACUUUCGUGAGGCCGGGGUGACGCACUACAAAAUCUUCCUGCCGUGGGCAUGCAUCCUGCUAGAGGGGGACGCCAGGAAGCCUGAUGAAGCUCAAGUGCGGCGGUACCAGGAGCUGCUGGAGACCCUGGCUGCGGCGAACCUCCGGCCAGUGGCAGUCCUGCCUCAGCAGCGGGUGCCGGGCGCUGCGGCCGCUCCGGCUGUGCAUGGGAAGGCCAGCGCCUUUGCUGGCCUGUUUGUGGAACAUGCAGAGCUGAGCUUCCGCUCCUUUGGGGCCCCGGCGGACGUGUGGCUCACCUUCAGCGAGCUGCCGGAGGUGCUCCAGAGCCUGCCUUACACCGACCACGAGGACCGUGUGCGGGCCCUCGCUGACGCUGACGAGAGAGCUUACCAAGUCUACCGUGAGAAGUACUCGCCUGCAGAUGGAAAACUGUCCUUUGCUUUAGGAAUGGAUCACAUCUUGGAUAGCACUUCAUCAGAAUUGCUGUCAGCUUCUCUUCAGGAUUCAUUAGACUUGUCUCUUGACCUCCAUUACAAUUGUGGAAAUGAAAUGGAUUUCUACAUGAAGUUGGAUGAAUUCCAGAAUAUCUGGAAGGACACGGAGAUUUUGCUUUUUAGUCUGAAAUUCCUUGAUUGUAGUUCCAUGGAAGAGAAUCUGUUCAUACCAGUGGCUUCUAUUGUUACAGUGAUUAAUGAAGAAAAGGCACGUACAAUUGGUUUUGAUGUUAGUAAAUUCUUGGACUUCUCAUCAAAUCAUGUUUUAAGCAUAACAAAUACUCUACAGGAGAAGUCAGGUGCUGUUCUUGCCUCCUGCUCCUCCUAUCAAAGCGUUUGGGAAAUGUUUGCUAACCAGUCUGAAUUGGAGAGGGAUUCUUUUCUGCAGGAUGUUUUUCCAAGUGAUUUCCUCUGGGGCAUGUCCACAGGUGCCUUUAACAUUGAAGGAGGCUGGGCAGAGGAUGGGAAAGGAGAGACCAUUUGGGAUCAGUUUGGGCAUGAAGGCCAUGUCUACAUGGAUCAAACAGCAGAUGUGGCAUGUGACAGCUACUAUAAAACCAGCUAUGAUGUUUACCUGCUCAGGGGUCCUGAGCCCCAACUGUAUGAAUUUUCUGUGUCCUGGGCCAAGAUUUUCCCUGAUGGCAUCAGGGCUGGCUUCAGCUCCAAGGAUGUGCAUUAUUAUAGCCAAUUAAUUAACAGCUUGCUAGACUCUAACACUGAGCCCAUGGUGACUCUGUUCCACUGGGACCUCCCACAAGCUCUGCAGGUUCUCGGUGGCUGGCAGAAUGAGAGCAUCAUAGAAGCUUUUGCAGACUAUGCCGACUUCUGCUUCGCCACCUUUGGGGAUCAGGUCAAGUUCUGGAUUACUUUCCAUGAGCCUUGGGUUAUCAGCUAUGCUGGCUAUGGCACAGGAGAGCAUCCUCCAGGAAUCACUGACCCAGGAGUAGCAUCUUACAAGGUGGCUCGCACAAUUCUCAAGGCUCAUGCCAAGGUCUGGCACUUCUAUAAUGACAGAUACCGUUCUCAGCAGCUGGGAAAGGUAGGGCUGGUGCUGAAUUCAGAUUGGGCUGAACCCAGGACUCCAACCAGCUCUGAGGAGGUGAGAGCAUCUGAGAGGUACCUGCAGUUCAUGCUUGGCUGGUUGGCUCACCCUGUGUUUGUUAACGGUGAUUUACCAGAUAUCCUGAAGGCCCAGAUCCAGGAGGUAAACCAGCAGUGCUCCACAACAGUUGCCCAGCUGCCUCUGUUUACUGAGGAGGAGAAGUCCUGGGUGAAAGGGACUGCAGAUUUCUUUGGUCUUUCUCAUUACACUUCCCGCCUGGUUAGUGCCGUGACUAAUGGCACCUGCACUCCAGGCCACGAGAGCAUUGGGAACUUCUCCCUGCAUGUAGAUCCAUUGUGGCCGCAGACUGCUGCCUCCUGGAUCCAUGUGGUCCCCUGGGGAUUAAGAAGGCUGCUGGAGUUUGUGUCCCAGGAAUACACAGGCACGAAGAUCCCGAUUUACAUAGCAGGAAAUGGUAUGCCAACACAAGAUGGAGGGGAUGUUAUUAAUGACACUCUGCGGGUGGACUAUGUCCACCAGUACAUCAGUGAGGCUCUAAAAGGGAUGGAGAAUAGGAGGGGUUUUGUUCUCUCUUCUCCCCCCCCCCCCCCCCAUGGUGAAUAUAGGGAAUAUAGGCACAGCCGCUCCAGCUCUUGCACCUUUGGAGGAGGGAGAAGGAUUAGGGCUGGAGCAGGGCCAGUCUCUGCAGCAGGACAGAAGCAAGGGAAGGGGAGGGAUGCGGACAGGGAGCUGCUGGAGCGCACAGCUUCCUGCUCUCCGUCAGAAUUUGUCAGUCAGAAGUUGUUGCUCCGUUGCCUGUGCCAUCGCUGCCUCUGCACUGCAGGUAUCUCCCUUCGGCCGGGGCGAGCGCCCUACGUAGUGGGGCACAACUUGAUAAAGGCCCACGCCGAAGCCUGGCACGUGUACAACGAGACCUACCGUGCAAAACAAGGAGGGUUAAUCUCUAUUAUCGUCAUCUGGGCAGAGCCAAGGAACCCAAGCAAGCAGGAGGACCGUGAUGCGGCCAGGCGAUACCUGCAGUUUCUUGCAGGUUGGUUUGCUCAUCCUAUUUUCAAAAAUGCCAAUUAUAAUGAAGUGAUGAAAACGAGGAUUCAGGAACAUAGUCUGGCUCAAGGCCUGAGCACGUCCAGACUGCCAGAAUUUACUGAAAGUGAAAAGCAGAGAAUUAAAAGCACAUACGACUACUUUGGUCUAAAUCAUUAUACUACAGUUUUAGCAUACAACUUAAACUAUCCUGCUGCUCUUGCAUCCUACGACUCUGAUAGGGACGUAGCCUCAGUGACAGACUGCAGCUGGCUGGGCUCUGGUUCCUUCUGGUUGUAUGUGACACCCUUUGGCUUCCGAAAGCUCUUGAGGUGGGUAAGGGAAGAGUGUAACAACCCUCCAAUUUAUGUGACUGAAAAUGGGAUUUCAGAAAGGGCAGACGUAGACUUCAGUGAUACUUGGCGAAUGCAUUACCAUAAGAGUUACCUUAAUGAAUCACUAAAAGCCAUUACGCUUGACAACGUCGACCUACGAGGCUACACCGCCUGGACACUGAUGGACAACUUCGAGUGGGCAGUGGGCUUUGCCGAAAGGUCUGGGGUCUUUCACGUGAAUCGCACAGACCCCAGCUUGCCGCGGCUCCCCAAGGCCUCCGCCAGGUUUUACUCCCAGCUUGUAAGCUGCAACGGGUUUCCGGACCCAGCAAAGGGCCCCCACGCCUGUCUUGAACCGGAGCCUGAAGUGACACCAACAGGCACCACACCAGGGCUGGCUGACAGCAUUCGAUUUUUAGGAUUAGGUUUAACAUCACAAAGUGCCGAAAUAGCUCUGUAUGUGCUUUUUGAUCUUUCUGGCACUGGAGCACUGGGUCUGGUUCUCUUCUCAUAUAGAUAUGGAAAGCUCUCCAAAAGAUCCCUGGAACUCAGUAAAAUGUAAGAUUUCAUUUUGCUUUUUAAAUGUGUGGAACCGAAGUACUCUUCAACUUUGCAAACACCUACUUUUUGUUGCACGUGCCACCAGAAAAAAGAUUGGUUAAUUUGCUUUUACUACCGCAACUUAGUAUCUUGUCUUAGAUAUGGCUUCCCAUCAUUCUGCUGUUUCCUUAACAACUUUAAAAUACAAAGGAAAAUUCUUCUACCUUAACUGACCUGUUUUUCAUAUAUGACUGAUUUGAUUUCUUAAAAACAAAACUAACGUUACUUGUUUUGGGUUGUGUAAGGAUUCUGAACUUGAACUUUCAUCUAUUCUCCUUCAUGAUCAGGAUCCUUGGAUCCAGCUGGUCUCUCCAAAGGCUUUGAGAGAGUCUCAGUAAAGCCCUACAGCUUCCUCAUGUUCUUAAAACAAGUUAAUACAGGUGAAAAUGGACCUAGGACAAUGUACUGUUCUAGUACAGCUAUAGUACAGAUGAGUUGUUUUUCCAUUGGUGUGUGGAUGCUAUAGCCUUUAUUUGAUUGAAACAAUAUUGACAGUAUUUCUUUGAAUUGUAUAUUAUGAAAUAAAUUGUUAAAAAUCAAAAUAAA